AUGUCUGAUAAAUUACACAGCACAUCUCCAGCCGUGCCCAUGACAGGUCCCCCGAAUCCGAUAGCUGUCAAGCAGAGAAGUAGCAACUGUCGCCCUCAGGCUCCUUCGUCCAUUGAGAGCCGCCAGCACAGGAGGCUUUCUGCGCCCGUCGCCUGCAAGACAAGAAGUUUGCUUGGAGGAAGUGAAAGUCCGAUACCUAGAAAUAUAAUAUUCCCAGAUUCCAUUCUUCAGGUCCCAUUCCCGGCCCCCAUUCCAGCCCCCCCCAUUCCCAGAUUCUAUUCUCAGGUCCCCAUUCCCAGAUUCAUUCCCAGGUCCCAUUCCCAGAUCCCAUUCCCGGUCCCCCAUUCCCCAUUUUCAAGUCCCAUUCCCGGCCCCCCAUUCCUAGAUACCAUUCCCACCCCCAUUUCCAGAUCCCAUUCCGGACCCCCCAUUCCAGAUCCCAUUCCCGGCACCCCAUUCCCAGAUCCCAUUUUUCCCCCCCACCAUUCCCAGAUCCCAUUCCCCCCCCCAAUUCCCAGAUUCCCAUUCCCGCCCCCCAUUCCCAGAUUCCAAUUCCCGCCCCCUCCCCCAUUCCCAGAUCCCCAUUCCAGCCCCCUAUUCCCAGAUCCCAUUCCCACCCCCACCCACCCAUUCCCAGAUCCCAUUCCCGCCUCCCCCCAUUCCCAGAUCCCAUUCCCGCCCCACCGCCCAUUCCCGGAUCCCCCAUUCCCCAUCCCAUCCCCAGCCCCCCACCCAUUCCCAGAUCCCAUUCCUAGCGGUACCGCCCUUGGGAUUCCCGUCCGAAGACGCGUUCCGAUCGGUGUCUCUGGAACGGCCACAAAAUCUCGCCUCUUGGGACACUCUGAUUGGUCGAAAUUGAGUUACAACUGA